CGAGGCGGUGACGCGCGCAGUACAUUCCAAGAUCUGUUGUGGCGCGGUUACUAGUCCUCUGCUGUUAUUUAUUGAACGAAAAGGAGUGUUAUCUUUUAAAUAUCAGCACCUUCAUUAUGACAGAAGACCGCAAGGAAGUACGAGUAUGGUGCGAUGGUUGCUACGACAUGGUACAUUUCGGCCACGCGAAUUCUUUGCGACAGGCGAAAGCAUUAGGUGAUUACUUAGUUGUCGGUGUACAUACAGAUGAAGAAAUUACUAAACAUAAAGGACCUCCAGUGUUCAUGGAACAGGAAAGGUACAAAAUGGUUCGUGGAAUUAAAUGGGUAGAUGAGGUGGUAGAAGGCGCACCUUAUGUUACAACAUUGGAGACAUUAGAUAAAUACAACUGUGACUUUUGUGUACAUGGUGAUGAUAUUACUAUGACAGCAGAUGGUAUAGAUACAUAUCAUUUGGUAAAAUCAGCAGGUCGUUAUAGAGAGGUUCAAAGGACUGCUGGUGUAUCUACAACCGAUUUAGUAGGACGUAUGCUUUUAAUGACACGUCAACACUUUAGGCAAGGAGAUAGCGAAUAUACUGUUGAUAGAGAACCUAGCAAAAGGAUGGGUCAAGAUAGAACAGCUAGAAGUCCAUGGACAGGCUGUUCACAGUUUUUACCUACUACACAAAAAAUUAUUCAGUUUAGCGAUGGAAAAAGUCCACAACCUGGAGAUAAAAUAGUUUAUGUAGCAGGAGCAUUUGAUCUCUUUCAUGUUGGUCAUUUAGAUUUCUUAGAAGUGGCAAAGAAAGAAGGAGAUUAUCUUAUAGUUGGACUUCAUACAGAUCCAGUAGUUAAUCGGUACAAAUGUGGUAAUCAUCCAAUCAUGAAUCUUCAUGAAAGAGUGCUUAGUGUAUUAGCAUGCAAGUAUGUUAAUGAAGUAGUAAUUGGAGCACCAUAUGAAGUGACAAAGGAUCUGAUGGAACAUUUUGAUGUAUCUGUUGUUUGUCAUGGUCAGACUUCUAUAAUGCCUUGUGAAGAUGGUUCAGAUCCAUAUGCUGAACCUAAAAGACAAAAUAAAUUUAAACUUUUGGACAGUGGUAAUGACAUGACAACAGAAAAAAUUGUUGAACGUAUUAUUCUUCACAGGUUGGAAUUCGAAGAUAGAAAUUUAAAAAAAGAGAAGAAAGAACUGGCAGCAUUCGAAGCCCUUUCGAAGUCUCAGAAAAAUGAAAGGACUAAAUAAUUUACUCUGUAGACUCAGAGUGUGUGAUAAUCAUAUUUUAUAGAAUACACUUGUAAAUACGAUAUCACACCGAUAUGUUACGUAUUUAAUUUUAUUCGAAAAAUAUAUGUGGUUUAAAUAUUUAUAGUAAUGGUGGUAUCUGAAGUAUUGACACAUUGAAGUGUUAUUUUUCACUCCCGAAAACUCAACGAAGGAUAAAAGGCAACGAUAGAGGUAUACAAAAGAUUGUGAAUAUCUGUAAACUUAAGUAUUUUUUAAUUAGAAAGACUUAAGAAAAGAUAUGUUACUGUGUUUAUAAACGGACGCCUAUAUAUUUGGUAUUACUGUUACUUAUAAAGUUUGUAUUAAAAGGAAAUAAUUUCAACACUACAUUUUUAUGUUACAUGCAAAUUGUGGUUUUAAAUAUGGAUAUUAUUCAUAUAUUUUAUAUUUUUAAUUUAUUAUUAUACAAAUUUUGUAAGUUUUAUCAAUUACGGAUAAUUAUUACUACUUUAGCGCUGAGAAUAAUUUUCAUAAACUUAUAAAUUAACAAGUAUAUUCUAUAAAAUAAUUAAAACCAAAGCCGUAAUAAUUUUUCGUCAACAAAUUUUAUAUAAUGUAAUUUAUAAUUUGCUUCUUUACGUAUAGUAAGUAAAAGAUAAAAAUGUAAUGUAAACUGCAAAUAAGUUUAUAAAUACGAAAGUUAUGUAAAUAUUACUAAUUUUUAAAUGGUUGAUUGCAAUAUUAUGCUUAAUUUUCUAAAUAUGAUUUACUUUAUACAAAUAAACAGAGUGAUGUUUCAAAAACAUCACUUUUUCUUUGUUAUAAAAUAUUUAAUAUAAAAAUACAAAUUAAAAUGAAGUUACGAUAAUUUUUCAUGAUUAUUUAUGAGAUAAAAGAAUGCUAUGUUUCAGAUUAUAGAGUCAUUUGAAGGAUAAUUAAACUUCUAUAUUCAUUAAUUUUGAUUAUCUAAAAACCAUUUUUACGGAAGAUAAAGAUAUGAAACAAUUAAUAAAUGCCACGUGUUGUAACAUUACUAUUACAUUAUUCUUAUUUAAGCAUAAAUUAAUCACAUUAACCAAAGCCAAAGUUUGAUCGUACAUAUGGUGUACAUAUAGUGUCAUGUAUUUAUUUUCAUUCUAUUGUAAAGUAUGGAGUAAAGUAGACUUUCUGAAGGAAAAUAACGAUAUAGCCAUUGUCAUUGUUAAAAUGACGAUACAUCAUCAAUGUAUCAGGAGCUCAGGGAAGAGAAAAUCUGGCAAAUCUACCAUGCUCGAUACUGUAUAUGUAUAUGCGUGCAACAUUAGCUACUUUUAAUGUAGAAAUUAUGCUUUUCAUAUUUUAAUUUUUAAUCAAGAUGAUCAAUGUAUAAUCAUUUUAAGCUGCAUUUCUGAAACAUGCUGCGUUAUGUAUUUAUAGAAAUGCAACAAUAUAAUAUGCUACUUAGUGUUGUAUUUUCUACAAAGCAAAAAUACUUUAAAAAUACGGCGGUGAAUAAUUAUUGCACGCGUUCAUAUGUAUAAUUAAAUACUUGAUUGUAUUUAUUUACCUAUAUGUUCAGUUGAUCAAUUAAGGAGUAUCUAGUUGAAGUCCUUAAAUGAUCAAGGUUUUGUUAUAUAAAUAAUAAAUAAUAAUAUUCUACUGUGUA